AUGGGGCUAGAAACGUUCUCCAAUAGCUACGCCGUCGAUGCACUGUACAACAGCGUUUUCUAUAAUGACCCUCUGAGUGUUGGAAGUUCUGCCGAGCUGAAGACCAGCCAGGUCUUUUUAACUUCUCUCCCCGACUGGCCUGGCGCAUAUCGAGCUGUGCAUUUCGCCAACGGCACCACGAGUGUUUUCGACGCCUAUGUAAAUAUCCUCGGAUCCUUCACCCCAAAGAGCGCUCAAGAACUUUCCAUCAUCCUCCGCGACUCCAUCCCCGAGCUCCUCCAUUGCCAGUUCAUCGGCUGCAUGUCGCACACCCACGCCCACACUCGUUCCCUCGAAUUAUCCCAAGCCAUUCAACAGAGACCCAAAAACAGGACGAUGGGAUUCUUCCCAGAAACAGAUGCUCUCAAGGACACUGCCGUGCUAGCUAUUAUCUCCUUUAAAGUUGACGAUCUGAACGCGUUUGCCGAGGUCGGCAGGGACUUCCUCAACAACGCCACAGAAAUGGAGAAAAAGAAUUUGAUCAUCGACCUGUCCGGGAACGGAGGAGGCACUGUCUUUGCUAGACUGAACUUGUUUCGGCAGCUUUUCACGGAAGAGGAAAUCUAUUUGUCGACUCGCUUCAGUGCGAACGAAGCUUCCGAUCGUAUUUGGGAGCUUCUUGGACAUUUCGACGCUAAUGAGACCACUGGAAAUAUCUAUGGCUGGAAGUCUCAGGCGAAGCCGGAUCAAAAGACGGGUCUCGAUUCAUGGGACGACUACUACGGUCCUUACAAUGCCAUGGGCGUGAACUCUUCUGCUCCGUCUGCCACCAACUUUACCUUGGUUGUCAGCGAUCCCGAGGGCACUACUCCCCUGAACGGAGUCCGCAGCAUCGCAUUCGGAGGCCGGCCCAAGGAUGGACCCAUGCAGGCUAUUGGAGGCGUCAAGGGCUCCCAGGUUGCCAAGUUCAGUGACUUUGCGCAGGACCUGAAGAAUUACGCAAUCAUUGCAAAGAACGCAACCGCGAAUGGCCGGCCGAUGCUCACUGUAGAUCAACUCCAGGAAUGGGAUCAAGUGAUCCCUUGCCAGCUUGAUGAAUUCCCUUACAAGAUCCAAAAUGGCAGCGUGAACCAGCUCAGCUCAUUUGGUCGGAAGAAUGAUCGUCUUCCUCGUUAG